AUGAACCUCGACACAGGUGGAUUACGGCAAAGGCGAACAGGUGUUUCAAAAAUUGUCGAGGAUCUAGACAUUUUUGAAAAAGUGGCUGACAAUGUGAAAGAAGAAAAGAGGAUUUCAUCUGGUCUAAUUUCUCUUUUGUGUUUCACUACCAUAUUUCUACUUGUUGUUGGUGAAUUAAUCCAUUACAUCAUUGGGAAGAAAGAGUAUGAAUACCGCUUUGACGUGGACACUUCAAUAGAUGAUAUGCCCACCCUGGACGUAGACAUGGUAGUGGCAACGCCAUGUAAUAAUCUUGCUGUCCUAAGCACUAUGGACGAUAGCGGAGGGUUAUUUGCCCCUCUAAAACAAACUAUCAAAAAGGAUCCGACUAGGUUUGAGCUUACCGAUGAAGAGCAACUGUAUUGGACUGUGCUUCGUCAUGCUCACUCUUCUAUGAACGAUGCUGGCUUCAGAGGUCUUGAAGAGUUACAAUAUGUCGAUUCAAACGUCGAAGAAAAUUUGGAACAUAUCGCGAAUCAAAAACAAAGAGAUGAAGCGAUAGCCAUUAGUCAACAGCGAAAGAAUCGCCAAGGCUCGAAAAGCCCUUUAGAACUCGGUCAACUAGUUGUGAUGAUAGGAAACGGUAUGGGAAUGUUCCAAAUUAUCUCUUCAAAUAGUGAGGAUGAAGGUGUCAUAACGGAAUGUUUGUUUCAUGUUUCAGGUACCGCAUGCCGAGUUCACGGGAAAUUUCCAGUGAGAAAAGGAAAAGAGGAAACAGUUACAAUAUCAAUCGGUUCUUCCUUGGGUAUGGGAAUGUUUGCGCAUCUAGAGGGAAGUAAAUUAUCAGGGAAUAUUUCUCAUCGGAUCGAAAGGUUUAAUUUUGGGCCAAGAAUCAGUGGUUUGGUCGCUCCUCUUGCUGGAGCUGAGCAAAUUUCAAAAAGCGGUCAAGAUGUGUAUCGCUACUUCAUAAAAGUUGUGCCGACAAAAAUCCACCAUGGAAUCUUUGGUAGAUAUACGAUGGCAUAUCAGUACUCUGUGACGUUCCUGAAGAAGAAACUGAGCGAGGGCGAACAUAGUCAUGGUGGUAUCUUAUUCGAGUACGAGUUUUGUGCAAACGUGAUCGAGGUUAGGGAAACAGCAAAAUCACUCAUUGCACUUUUUGUUCGUUUGUGUGCUGUUGUUGGCGGUGUAUUUGCCACUAGUCGAAUAAUCAACAAUGUGAUCCAGUUUUUACUGAAUACCUCCAAACGGAGCAGUAAACCGCUCUCUCUGUCGUCUACGCAUCAUCGGGAAAAACCCCUUCUCAACUCGGGACUGUCUGUUAAGUAA